AUGGCGUAUCUCGUAGCUACUGUUUUGGUGGCAAUUUUGAGUUUUACGUCGGUGAUCGCUACUGAUUAUAGCUACUCUUCUCCACCGCCUCCUUACUAUGUCUAUAAAUCUCCUCCUCCUCCUCCGGUUUAUCAUUCUCCCCCGCCACCGAAGGUAAAAUAUGAGUACAAAUCGCCACCUCCUCCAGUUUAUUACUCUCCUCCUCCACCUGUUUAUAAGUCACCGCCACCUCCAGUCUACCACUCUCCACCACCUCCAGUUUAUCACUCUCCUCCACCACCCGUUUAUAAGUCACCGCCACCUCCAGUUUACCAUUCUCCUCCUCCACCAGUUUACAAGUCACCGCCACCUCCAGUCUACCAUUCUCCUCCUCCACCAGUUUACAAAUCACCACCACCUCCGGUGUAUUACUCUCCUCCUCCACCAGUUUACAAGUCACCGCCACCUCCAGUGUAUUACUCUCCUCCUCCACCAGUUUACAAGUCACCACCACCUCCAGUGUAUUACUCUCCUCCACCACCAGUUUACAAGUCACCGCCACCUCCAGUUUACCAUUCUCCUCCCCCACCUGUUUAUCACUCUCCACCACCUCCAGUGUAUUACUCUCCUCCACCACCCGUUUACAAGUCACCACCACCUCCAGUUUAUUACUCUCCUCCUCCACCAGUUUACAAGUCACCACCUCCUCCAGUUUACCAUUCUCCUCCCCCGCCUGUUUAUCACUCACCACCACCUCCAGUUUAUUACUCUCCUCCACCACCGGUUUAUAAGUCACCACCUCCUCCAGUUUACCAUUCUCCUCCCCCACCUGUUUAUCACUCUCCACCUCCUCCCGUUUAUUAUUCUCCACCUCCACCAAAGGAGUAUAAAUCACCACCUCCACCUGUAUACUACUCUCCUCCCCCACCCGUUUACAAGUCUCCUCCACCACCUAAGAAGGACUACGAGUACAAGUCUCCACCACCUCCUCAAUACUAUUAGAUGCACGAACAUUUUACUAUUCCAUUGAGGGAAACAAAGAGAAUAUUAGUAUCAAAUAAAAGAGAUGGCCGAAUGAAGACGAUCCCUACACACAAAUCAUGGUCUCUGAUUAGUUUACUACGUGUGAUAUA